AUGAGCAAUCAGCUCCUCGACACCCCCGCAAAACACCCCUUCUCACUCACCGGCUUGGUCGAUAAUGUCGUCGGUAAUAUCACAGAACGUGCACUGGCGACGAGCUAUUCGCCUGUCUCGAGGCUGGCGCAGACUGCUGUUGUUUCUGUGUUACAGAAAAUCACCUACGGGACCUUGCGCAUAAUCACCUCGGACCAUACUUAUAACUUUGGUUCUGCUCGAGAGCUUAGUGACCCAUCGGCACCAAAUGCUGAGCUGAAGGUCAUCAGCGAUACAUUUUGGAUAAGGCUAUGCCUAAUGAGUGACCUUGGCUUUUCCGAGGCCUAUAUGUAUGGAGAGGUCGAGUGCGACGAUUUGAUUCCGUUGUUCCUCAUAUUUAUUCGUAACAAAGAGAACUUGGAAGGCCUCAACUCGAGGUUCUCCUGGCUGCUCGGUCUGCCGCAGAGACUCACUUCUUACCGGUUCCUGAAUACCCUCAGCAAUUCCCGAUCCAACAUCUCCGCACAUUAUGACCUGUCCAAUGAGAUGUUUCAAGCUUUCUUGUCCAGAGACAUGACCUAUUCUUGCGCCAUCUUCCCGGAUCUUGACGGCGACGUAGUCUCCUCCGAUCGUACACUCACCUCAAAAGAUCAACUCUCCACCCGUCUUCUAUCCACCAACUUUUCACGCACCAAUGCCACCAUCCACGACACACCCUCUAGCGCAUCUACAUCCAGCCCUUCUUCCAGCAGUACCCCUCUCACGACUUCCACUCCCAUCUCGACCCCACCCUCCACAUCAACUCCCUCAGACCCAGACGCCGACCCGCUCCAUACCGCCCAAUUAAUCAAAUUACAGCACAUAACGAAGAAAGCACGUAUUUUCCCGGGCCACCGUGUUCUCGAAAUUGGAUCGGGAUGGGGUUCGCUGGCACUGCAUAUCGUUACCUCCAUUCCAGAUACCCAAGUCGACUCUAUCACGCUCUCCACACAUCAAUAUAACUACGUUCGAGGGCUAGUCAAGAAGAGGGGACUGCAGGAUAGAGUCAGAGUACACCUGGUUGAUUAUAGAAAUAUGCCGCAGGAAUGGGAUGAUACGUUCGAUAGGGUGGUGAGCGUGGAGAUGGUCGAGGCGGUUGGAGAGGAGAAUAUGGAGAGUUAUUGGGCGUGUAUUGAUAGGGUUGUGAAGAGGAAGGGAGGAGCGGGGGUCGUUCAGGGGAUUACGAUUACAGAAGGACGGUUCGAGAAGUACAAAAAAGAGGUCGAUUUUAUCCGCAAAUGGAUCUUCCCGGGUGGCCUCCUCCCCUCCCUUUCCCUCCUCCUCUCCUCCAUGCAGACCGCCACUUCCGGCCGCUUCGUCGUAGAGUCUGUCUCCAAUAUCGGGCCACAUUACGCCCGCACGCUCAGAGAAUGGCGAAGACGAUUUGUGGCGUACUUUGAUGUGAUCGAGGAGGCUUUAAAGAAGGAGUAUCCCGGCAUUUUUGAUGGCAAGGCGGGUGAGAAGGAGCUGAGGGUGUUUUGGAGGAAAUGGAUUUUUUACUUCUCGUACUGUGAAGUGGGGUUCACGACACGUCUCAUCAACGAUCAUAUUAUCACCUUCACAAGAGAGGGGAACGAAGAUAUGAGCUGCGAUGUGUUUGAGUGAAUUUCGGAUAGAUGAUCUUGUAGAAUUGGUUAGUUGCUCGUAGCGUUGUUCU